AUGGUGAAGCCAGGGGCCAGCGUCUCCGAGAAGCCCGAAAAGGAGCGGCGUGGAGGCGGUGAUGACUUCGAUAACGUUCCCUUGAUAACCCCGCUGGAUGCCAGCCAGCUGCAGCAGCCCUUCCCGGACAAGAUGAUUGUCAAGACCUGGACAGAAUAUAAGCUCCAACAACAUCAGCAGAGGAAGUUAUACAUCCCAGGAAUUAAAAAGCUGAAUGUAAACAUCUACGAUGAAGUAGCAGAAAAAGUCAAGCUCACGGGGCUCAUCCUCAUCACCAUGGCCUUCCUCGCCUGCCUGCUCAUGCUCGUCAUGUACAAGGCCCUGUGGUACGACCAGCUGAGCUGCCCCGAGGGUUUCGUGUUCAAGCACAAGCACUGCAGCCCAGCCGUCCUCGAGAUGUACUACUCAGAGCAGGAGACAGCACCUCGGGGAAGUCUCUACAUGGCCAUCAACCACUUGAGCCAAGGCAAGAAGAGUAUCCCAGAUCUGCCAUCCCCGUGGAUACCACCAGUCAGUUCCCUGAAGGAAGCAGAGAACGUCAAAGAAGUGGCAGGAGGCCAUCGGGAGUAGGGCAGGGAUCCAGCACACGUGCCAGCUCUUGCUCCACAGAGCAAAACUCUGUCAGCACCAGUCCUGUUUCCAAAACCAAGCAAGUAAAAGACGGUCUUGAGUGGGCACG